AUGGCCCGGAGCCUGAUUCCAGCGGUGCAGGCCCCAGAGCCCAGGGUGUCGGGGGACACAGCCUACGAUCCUGUGCCCCACCCCGGGACAGGUGUAGGCGGGGAGGGCACAGGGCAGCGAGGACGCUCCUGCAGCUGGGUGCCCUCCAGCUGUGCAGAAAGAAUCAACAUUACCUAUGUGGACUACUAUCUUCACCAGCCUCAAGUGGCAGCAAUCUUCAUUAUUUCCUACUUUCUGAUCUUCUUCCUGUGUAUGGUGGGAAAUACGGUGGUGUGCUUUACUGUAAUGAAGCACAAACAUAUGCACACAGUCACUAAUCUCUUUAUCUUGAACCGGGCAAUAAGUGAUUUAUUGGUUGGCAUAUUUUGUAUGUCUAUCACGCUGCUGGACAAUAUUAUAGCAGGAUGGCCCUUUGGAAGCACAAUGUGCAAGAUCAGUGGAUUCAUCCAGGGGAUUUCAGUUGUGGCUUCAGUCUUUACUUUAGUCGCGAUAGCUGUGGAUAGGUUCCGGUGUGUUGUCUACCCUUUUAAGCCAAAGCUCACUAUCAAGACAGCAUUUAUCAUUAUUGUAAUCAUCUGGGUCCUGGCCAUUGUCAUUAUGUCCCCAUCUGCAAUAAUGUUACAUGUACAAGAAGAAAAACAUUACCUAGUGAGACUCAACUCCCAAAAUAAAACCAAUCCAGUCUACUGGUGCCGGGAAGACUGGCCAAAUCAAGAAAUGAGGAAGAUCUACACCACUGUGCUGUUUGCCAACAUCUACCUAGCUCCCCUGUCCCUCAUUGUCAUCAUGUAUGGAAGGAUUGGAAUUUCACUCUUCAAAAUGACGGUGCCCCACAUAGGCAAACAGAACAAAGAGCAGUGGCACAUGGAGUCCAAGAAGAAGCAGAAGGUCAUUAAGAUGCUCCUGAUCGUGGCCCUACUUUUUGUUCUCUCUUGGCUGCCUCUGUGGACACUGAUGAUGCUGUCAGACUAUGCUGACCUAUCUCUAAAUGAACUGCGGGUCAUCAACAUCUACAUCUACCCUUUUGCACACUGGCUGGCGUUUUGCAACAGUAGCAUCAAUCCCAUCAUUUAUGGUUUCCUCAAUGAGAAUUUUCAUCAUGCUUUCCAAGAUGCUUUUCAUCUCCAGGUAUGCCAAAAAAGAGCAAAGCCCCAGAAAACCUACACCCUAAGAACUAAAAACAAUGCGAUCAUAAGUGCAUCUCAUCAGUUAGCCCAGGGACCUACAAUUCAAAAUUCACAUGAGGAAAAACCCAAACAAGAAUUGAUGAUGUUAGAAUUAGGGGAAGUCACUCAUAGCAAUGAGGUUUUAAAAGAGCUGGUAUGA